AGAUCCGCCAACGCAAAAUCAUUUACCUGUGUUGUGUACGCUUCCGGCAUUGUACAGGUGAAAAUGAAAGUAAUAUGCACAGGUAGAUUAUCAGUUAUGAUGAGGAAACAUGGAAAUCACUGAUACCCCCAUCAAAUGCAUUGUGUGGCCAAUUUUCUAGACCAGCAGCCAAAUCGGAAUUUUAGCAGGACUAUUUCAGAAAUCUGGACAGAAAGUGAUCACAUGCUGCUAUUAUCAAAAUCGGCUGGGAUUAUGAUUGAACCCAGUUAGUAAUUUCUGUCUGGAAAUUUGACAACAUGGAAAUGCGGUGUUGUCCUCGCUCCUCUGUGACUCAAUGCGGUCUGUGAGGGAAUCACCCAUCAUUAGGCCUCAAUAUGAAGAGGGGAGUAAUAAAACUGUGUUGGGAAUUAGUAUUCCUGCUUCAAACAGUGAUCUCCUCAGUGUUUGCAGCAAAGAUUUCUUCCUACCAUGUAGACCAUGGUUUGGUGUACGAGAUAAUGGUCCACCCUGAUAAUGGGGACGUGUUUCUGGGAGCCAAGAACGGCCUCAUUCAUCUCAAUUCAGAACUCCGUCUUCAGGGACAUGUGUCGAUGGGUCCGUACUCUGACAGCCCCCAGUGUUCUCCCGACCCCACCACCAUCUGUAGAGAGGGGAGGGUCCCCACGGAUAAUCAAAUCUGUAUACUGGAGUAUGAUCGAAAGAGUGGUUCUAUGCUAGUGUGUGGCUCUGUCCAUCAGGGCAAAUGUGAAUUCCGAUCCACCACAGACAUCAGUCAGGUUAUAGAAUUGAAAAAUGACAAAAUUAACUUUGUAGGCAGCAUCAACAAGAGACACGUGUUUGCAUUUUUCGGUGGUAGAGCUGUAAGUGAGGGAUUCAAUCUUCUGUAUGUUGCCAUGGGUGAUGAUGGGAGGCCUCCCACAUUCCGCCCAGCUGCCAUCUCUACUCGUAAAUUUCAUAUUAAGGACAAAUCCUUUCAGUAUUUGACCAAUAAUAUAAUGUAUAAAACUUAUGUGGAUGUACAUCCGGAUCUUGUCGGCUCAUUUAAAGCAUACUACAUUCAUGGUUUUGAGUAUGAAAAUCACACCUAUUUCAUCUCAGUGCAAAUGGAUGAUGCUCUGGCAACUGCUCCCAAAUUUUUGACAAAGAUAGUGCGGAUAUGUCAGAACGACCAAACAUAUGCUUCCUAUACGGAGCUGCCCAUUCAGUGUAUGUCCAAUUCAGUAGUGUAUAACAUUGCCAUUGGGGCGUAUUAUCACUCAGUCCCAGCCAGGGAUACAUCUACAGGUCUGGCGGUGACCUUUGGAAGAACGGAUCAGGGAUCAGAAGCUGACCCCUCUCUGGGGUCAGUUCUAUGCUUCUAUGAUGUGAUAGAUAUUGUGAAGAAAUUUGAAGAUGUACAGGAUAAGUGUUUCCUGGAAGGUAUCGGAAGUGAAGUCACAUGGUUGGUGGGGAAAUCUCUGAAAGAAGUCCGGAAUUGUGAGACAGAUACAAAUUACACACCACAUUCUUUUUGUGGACUGAUGAGUAACAUUGGGAUUCAGGAGAGUGCCAUAAGUCAAAACGGGGACCAGUUUAAACUGAGUAAAACUGCUGUGCAUACCACGUCUGAUGCCCUGUUGACAUCAGUUGCUUUGACAAAUCAAAACAGAGAUAGAGUAGCCAUUCUGGGCUCUAAUACUGGGCACGUUUCAAAGAUCUGGUUUGAAAGUGAGACAAGGGUCCAUUAUCUGACAAGCUGGAAUGUAACUGACAAACCUCUAUCUACCCAGACAGAAGUCAGCCGUGACAAUAGGCAUGUCUUCCUCAUAGCUGACCAAACUCUGUAUAGGUUCCCCCUGUAUACCUGUGAUGGGUAUAGUACCUGUGAGGCCUGUGUGAUGAGUCGGGACCCCGCAGGGUGUGGCUGGUGUGGGGACCACUGCUCCCUAUACACAGAGUGCCUCAACCCCCCAGUGCAGUGGCAGAAUGACACCUGCCCACCUGUCAUCUCACAGAUGUCUCCCAUGGUUGGACCAACUAAAGGACAAACUAAGUUGACUCUCAAAGGAAUAAACUUUGGUUCUGCAAGCGCCAUGGUCAAAGUUUCAAUAAAUGGCAGUGAAUGCAAUAUAGAAAGCAGAGAUACGGAUGUGUUGCAGUGUAGGACUCCCGCCUCUAAAACCUCUGGCCUAGUGCCAGUGUUACUGGAGGUAAAGGAUGGAAACACGGCCGAGUAUAAAAUAUCUGGGACAUCCGCAGGACAUCAGUUUCAUUAUAAGGUUCCAACUGUGGAAGGAAUAUUCCCACCCAUUGGACCAGUGUCUGGGGGUACAGAAUUAUUGAUCAAGGGAAAGAACCUGGACAUUGGUUCAAAUCUGGCCGUGUUUGUUGGAGUGACACAAUGCAGUGUUCAGAGAAAAAACAGUACAGCUAUUUUGUGCCUCACUGGGAAAAUGGCUACCUCAGAGAUCCGUUAUGAAAUCUCUGAUUUGAAGGCUACGUAUCCAUCCCUAGUUACAGCGGCCUACGUCAGAGUUCAAAUCGACAGCAGUAACACUUCCAGCACACAGAUGUUUGCCUAUGUCAAUGAUUCUACAAUCACCAGCAUACAACCCAAAACUUCCAUUGUCAGUGGGGGUCUUGAAAUUUUGGUUAAAGGAACCAAUCUGAAUGUUGUGCAGCAACCACAGAUUGCAGCUACAGUCAAGGGGAAAAACUCUCAAUUUCAGACUUGCACGUCUUCUGCUGAUGGCACCAUGAUGACCUGCUCCACUCCCAGUAUCAAGAACCUGUUGUCUGGACCGGUAGAUCCCAACUUACCCGAGAUAGCCUCUGUUUGGUUCAAAAUGGAUGACAUCAGAGAACUCAGAGAGCUUGAUAAAUUCCACUACGCCCUCAGUCGAUUCACCUACUACCCAGACCCAACCUUUGAGAAGUUUGACUCUGUUCGGCUCUUUGAUAUAUCAGAGGAUGUUCUCAUUCUCAAGGGUGAACAUAUUGACAAAGGGAUAGCCCCUAAAGAUGCCAUUGUCACCAUUGGCAAAAGUAUGUGUAAGGUGUAUCUCCUGAAGAGCAAGAUGUUGUACUGUAAACCUCAGAACAAGCCCACAGAGACUGAUGAGAAGACCGACUAUACAGUACAGGUCAAAGUGGGCCAGUAUUUACAGUUUACCGUUGGGAGACUGCAGUAUGUGGGGGGUCCCUCCAGCGGUCCACCGACUCUUAUCAUUGUUAUCUCCAUAGUCCUUGUCAUUGUCUUCAUCCUCAUCAUCGUACUUAUCAUUGUGAUGAAGAAGAGGAAGCUGGGUGUGUUCAGGAAGAAAGGUUAUGCUGCUGGAUACGCCAAUGGUCAGGGCCAGGUGAGGUUCAGCGGACUCAACCCGGACGGAACGACCUUUGAUUUUGAAAGCAGAGAGAACAGAGCAAACUAUUAUCAAGAGCGUCAUGCAUCGGAGAGUCGUGAGGAUGGAGCCGCUGGUCUAUCGGAGACAGAUGGACCCACGGUAGUACUGGAUGAGUCAACACUGCUGGUGCUACGUGACAAGAAACUGCUGAUAGAACACGACUGGCUGACCAUGGGUGAAAUCCUGGGCAGAGGGCACUUUGGCUGUGUGUACAAAGGAUAUAUAACAUAUCCAGAAUCCAAAACAGAACUCAUGGUGGCAGUCAAGACUCUGCAUCAGAACAGUCCUAGAGAGAUAGAUAUAUCUCAGUUCAUUGACGAGGCCAUGAGGAUGAAGGACUUCCAUCAUCCUAAUGUACUGACCCUCAUAGGGAUCUGUUUCAACUACGACGCCAUGCCCUUGGUCAUCCUUCCCUACAUGGAGCAUGGAGAUCUACUGACCUACAUCAGGAAUGAGCAUGAAAAUCCCACAAUUAAGGACCUCAUCUUGUUUGCCGUCGACAUUGCCAAGGGAAUGGAAUACCUAUCUCUGCUGAAGGUGGUUCACCGAGACUUAGCAUGCAGAAACUGCAUGCUGAAUGAGAACUACCGAGCCAUUGUGGCCGAUUUUGGCCUAUCUCGAGACAUUUAUGAGCGAGAUUACUACAGCAGUGACAACAAGAAGAGUAAGCUCCCAGUGAAAUGGAUGGCUCCAGAGAGUCUGGAGAAGGGAACCUACAGCUCCAAGUCUGAUGUGUGGUCCUUUGGGGUGGUGCUGUGGGAACUGAUGACCCGGGGAGUCAAUCCUUACCCAGAGGUCGACAACUGGGAUGUCCUAAGGUACAUCAAAAAGAACAGACGGAUGCCCCAGCCACCAUUCUGUCCAGACCCGCUGUAUACAGUGAUGAGGAACUGCUGGGAGUUUAACCCCACGGACAGGCCACAGUUCAGUGACCUGGUGAAGACCAUCAUGGAGAUGUUGUCUGUGUUGGAGCACAAGAUGAAACAGGGCCAGCAUAGGUCCAAUAUACAAAGUACUUAUGUCAACGUCGACAAAUGUACCGAUUAUCACUAUGGUAACCUAGAGGACGACGAUGAAAAGGCACCCCUAGCCAGUCCCUUACAGACAGAUCUCUGACCCCCUCCCCUCCCCUCCCCUCCUCCUCUCCCUCCCCCUCUAAGUAUUCGAUUCUCCAAGUGCAGUCCGUCAUUGUUCUACAACUUGUUACACUUGUAUUUGAAAUCACUUGGAUUCAGAAAUUGGUGGGUAGAAUUGGCAAAGUAACAAAUGGCGUUUAUGGAUUUUAUGUUAACUUUAUUUCUAAGUCGUUGUGUGAUAAGAAACGUUUAAUGGAAUUUUACGUUGCACUUUUGUGGUUGAUUAGAGAUUCUUAAAAGUCAAAUUAAGGACAUUUUGAUAGAGAUUAGAAUAUCUUGCCAUAUGAUUUUUUGGUAUUCAACUUGUAUUUUUUUUGUAUGAAGAAAAAAUCCAUUAAAAGGCAUCUUCUAAUUUUAUAUUAAUUUUGUUUAGUGCAGUUAUUGAUGGUCUGUUGAGUCACCAGUUUACACUUACUUUGACGAGGUCACCAGCUUUAGGGUUAAUUUUGCUAGAGGUACUUUCAGCGAUGCCACCAGUUUAAAUGAGCAUAUGCAAAAUUUCAGUGAUAUUACAGCAAAUUGUCUGCCAUUUUGGUGAGCUAGAUGGCUGGAGCACCAGAUUACUGCAAGUGCUGACGCCUUAUGCAAUUAAAUGACUCUUCAUGAUGUGUAGCCGUCCAAUGGUUGAAAUAUAAUUAUAUGAAGAGAAAAUCCUAGCUUUCUUGUUCUUGUGCCAUUGUUAGCUUUAAUUUAGGGAUUGGACUAUGAAUCAAGACCAACUUUUGUUUGCAAUGAGUAUGUUGUUAUGAUGAUAAAACCCCACAUGCAGUGCUGAAAAAAUUUUUAACCAUGACAGUUUAGUUGUUACUUCAAUGUUGCUGUUUCAUUUGAACCUUUAGGUAGUUGUUAUACAUAAGUAAAUAAAUGUAUAAUUCAUUGUUUAAUAAUAAUUACACUUUACAUUAAAUCAUUGGCAUUUUGAGUACAAGCUAGAUAAAGAGUGGAAUAUUAUUUAUAGUGACUGCUUGGAACCAUGAAUGUUAAGGACUUGUUUUGUUUUACAACCACAAUGAAAUAUUAUCAAUUCAAAAUGCCAUAUUUACAGGAAACCUGGAGAAGUCAUUGCUACUUUUUAUUUUUUUAGAAUAGAGUUCCAUUUUGUUGAAAAGUUUGUGUUUUUAUACUACAGCAAUUUUCCUCUACAAAUAGAGCAUAAUUAUAUUCAGAGUUUAUGUUUCACACUGAAUUUGUGGUAUUGAAUGUCACAUUUUUAUAGUACAAAGUAUUUUUAUACAGCACAUAAAUGUCAAGAAGUAAAAUCUUGAUGGCAUUUUAAAUAUAUUUGGAAAAAUUACUGUUUUUAGAGGUGUAUGUCUUUUUUUAACGAAAAAAAAAACAAGACAUGUUUUUGAAAUGAAAAAAAGAGAUUUCAUAAUAUGUGAUUUAAAGAACUGGUGAUUCUAGUAAUAAUUCAGUGGAAGUAUGUAUAUUUGUUCUUGUUUUAGGAAAUAUUGAGCUUCAAUGUAUCAAAUGGCAAUUACGAAGAUUUUUUUCUUUUGUUUAAUCUAGCACCAAAGACAAUUUAUUCAGUGUAUGUUAUGCUUUCUGUACUAUUUGCAUGGAAACCUGAUGUUUUUUGUAUUGAAAGAGUGAGUGAAUGUUUCAUUCUGCAGCAUCACAGCAAACAACAUAUUUUAUAAACAAACAGUGUAUAUUUAUUUCAUAGGCGAGAGAAGAAAGACAUUCCAUUUAUAUAGCAAUCCAAUAUUUUGAUGGAAUAAAGUAUACUUUUACCCCUAGA